AUGUCGGCGGGAUUCCCGGGCUGUCAGUACAUAGGAAGAACAAUUGAGAAUAUGCGAAAGCACUGGCGCACCACCCAUGGAUGGUCCCAGUAUCCGCAUGGUGGUCGAGUAAGCCGUGACGAGCGCGUGCGUGCAGAUGCUGAGCUGCAGCGAUCCUUUAUAUCUGUGACAUGCCAGCAGAUAUUCCCAUCGCGCAAAGGAUCGCAUUAUAUUCACAUCCGCAAUCCAAAUGAGAACGACGAACCGGCGAUCCCCACAGAUGAUAUCCAGGUUGCUGUCCAGGAGCUAGAGAACGCGUGGAAGGAGGCGCAGUCCACGCCGAGUACAAUUCAGGCAUCUGAUAUUACCGACGCCAACCCAUGGCUGCGCAUGACCCGGUGGUCCGAGUAUUUAGAAGGAAUCGCACCAAAGGAUCUAACCGACAGCGUGGCGCCGCCCGAGGAAGAGCCCACAGAUCCCGUGGAGCAGGGCGUGCGCCACAUUUGGGCCGCCAUGGAGCAGGUCGUGCGCAAGAGCCAGCGCGUGGUCCAGCACAGCGGCCAGGCAAUCUGCAUUGAAGCCAUCCGAUCUGAAAGGGUCAAACACCAUAUCGACCCCAUGGCAGCAAAUCCUAGCGUUUAUCGCGCGCACCCAGGCGCCACACGGAUGGACGAGUCCCCGUACGGGAUGACAGCACGGCAGCGCAAGAAAUGGCGGCAGUUAUGGCACCUCGCCACUACCCACCGGGAUAUUCCCGGCGAGCCGCAGGACGACGACGCAGCGUGGCGCAUGACCCCGAUCGAAGGCGCGUGUUUGGAGUUUUGCAUCGAGUUGCUAAACCAAAAGCAGCGUAGCCAUGAGUACGAGAGCGUGCUUGUGGCGCGCUUUAUAAUUGUCCAGAAAGCGCUUUGGUUGGAUCCGAAUCCCGAGGAGAUUAUCGCGGUGUGGCAGAAGAAGAGUAACUGCGCGCAGUGGGUGCUCGCCAGCGCCGACGACGAGCUGGAGGAUAUUUAUUCGGACGAGGGAUAUUACAGUCAACCAGAGCAAGGCAUCCCAUCAUCGCCCCCACAUCGCCCAUUACCAGCAGAGCACGUGGAGUGGAUGGUGCAGCGGUUUAUGGUGCGUGGCACCCACAGUCCAAUACAAACGUUGCAGGAUUGGCGCACGUACGGGUUAAAGAUCCAUUAUAAUACCACGGCGCCCGGGCACAUUACAUGGAACCAUGGCGACGAGCUCGGAUACAAGCAUAUCACAUUUACCAUGGGCGAUUUCCGCGGAUUUGUCCAUGGAUUGGUCGGGGCCACACGCCAGAUAUUCGCGGGAAGACAUUCCCAGUAUUCCAUGGCACGCGAUCUACGACGACCCCACGCAGGCCACGGUGGGAUGGAAUUUUUGCGGGAUCAGCGCACGCAAUGGCCGGUGGGGCCCAAGUGGAUGAUCGGCCGGUUGCGGGCCGAGCCGGCCGUGCAGAAGGAGUUUACCGUCCGGCGCCAAGCCCGACGGCUGCACAUGCCGAAGGUGGCGCAGUAUCUGGAGCGCGUGGCGCGAUUUAAGGAGAAAUUAGCAGUGCUUGUUCACGUGGUAUCCGGCCAGCCGGCUCGCGCACCCGAGUUAUUAAGUAUUCAACAUGUGAAUACCGUGGCGAAUCGACAGCGCAAUAUCUAUAUCGAGGACGGGAUGGUGGCGUUGGUGACGGCGUACCACAAGGGGUUUUACGCGAGUAACGAUAUAAAGAUCAUUCAUCGAUUUGUGCCACGGGAGGUGGGUGAAUUAAUUGUGUGGUAUUUAUGGUUGGUAUUACCAUUUGUGCAGCAACUAAGCGCAUGGCAUGCGAAGCAGACGCAGGGCACCACGGCGCAGGGCAUGCACGCAACGCAGGGAACGCACGCAGUGCAGGGCACCACCACAGCGCAGGGCACGAACGCAACGCAGGGCACGCAGGGAAUACGCGCAGGCACCACGGUGCAGGGCGCUCACGCAACGCAGGGCACGUACACAUCGCAGGGCACGUACGCAGCGCAGGGCACCACGGCACAGGGCAUGGACGCAACGCAGGGCACGCACGCAACGCAGGGCACGUACACAUCGCAGGGCACGCACGCAGCGCAGGGCACGCACGCAGCGCAGGGCACCACAGCGCAGGGCACGCACGCAGCGCAGGGCACCACAGCGCAGGGCACGCACGCAGCGCAGAUCCGCGAAGAUGCGUUUUUAUGGGGCCCCGACCCCGGAACCCGGCGCAAAUGGACGUCCGAGCGGUUCCGGGAGGUGUUAAAGCGCGAAACCAAGACCCGGUUAAAAGAAGCCAUUAAUAUCCAGUGCAACAUGCAGGAGGAGAGAGACUUGGCGCAGGCUGUGUUAAACGCCGACACCGAGGAGGGCGGCGCAUUCAUCCCAAUUGGCGGGUGGAGUGUACGGCCGUGGUAUUAUGGAGCAGCCCGGGACCACGGCACAUCGCCGUGCAAUGUUUCGACUCUCCAGCACCGAUUGGCACCGGUUUUGGGGUUUGCAUCCGCCGCGGAGCCCAGCCCGUUGGGGAAGCGCAAGAGAUCACCAUGGGAGGACGAAGCCGAGGAGGGCCGAGUGGUCCGACGUCACCGGUUAAAUAUCGCAGAUAUGCGCACCACGUUGCAGCACAUGACCGGGCAAGAGGAUAUCCAGUUCCGGGCGUCCAAGCACCGGCGUUGCGCGCCAUUCAGGACGGCAAGAGCCCGGUGGUCGCCAUUAUGCGCACCGGAGGGGAAAAAGCAUGUUGUUUAUGUUACCUGCAUUCGCCGAGCCCAGUGGUACUACCAUUGUGGUCGUGCCAUUAAUAUCAUUGCGGAACGAUAUGGUGCGGCGCUGUCGCGAGUUGGUCGACGGCCACCGGACGAAGCGACAAUUGUACUGGUCACACCGGAAUCCGCGGUGCAGGAGGAUUUUCAAACGUUUAUUAACCGGUUGCAGCAAACACGCCGGUUAGACCGGAUCGUGAUCGACGAAUGCCAUGUGAUAUUAAACGACCAAACGGAUUUCCGACCCGAGUUGCGACAGCUGGGGCGGUUGAACCACGCGCGAACCCAGAUGGUGUUAUUAACUGCCACGUUGCCGCCGCGGUUGGAGGCGAAGUUAUUCCGGCGCAUGGAGUAUUCCCGCGAGCAAGUCCAUAUAUUUCGGGACCGGACAAGCCGUCCCAACGUGGCGUAUCGCGUGUGGCGGCCCGAGCUGGGUCGGCGUUCCAUGCAGUGGUUUACCAGCGAGCCGGUGCUCGCGUUUAUCCGCGAGCGAAUCCAGCGCGCCAAGGAUGGCAAGGUGGUGGUAUACGGCCAUGUGGUCCGUCAGGUAGUGGAGAUUGCACGCGAGUUAGCGUGCGAGGCGUACUACAGCAAGCAGGUUGACAAGCCAUCUAUAUUACAGCGAUUUACCCGGGGCGAGGCGCGAGUAAUUACCGCCACCAGUGCAUUGGGCAUGGGUGUGGAUAUCCCCGAUAUUCGCAGUAUUAUCCAUAUUGGAACACCGCGGUCGUUGUUGGAGUACGGGCAGGAAAGUGGGCGAGCCGGACGGGAUAGCCAGCGCAGCGAGGCGAUUAUUAUCCAGCCCGAGGGCUGGGACGAGCCCACGCCGGAGACGCCAGAGGCCGUGGCGGAUCGCGAGUUGGUGGACGAGUACCUCGGGGUGGCGCCCGGGGUGGGAUGUCGACGGUUUGUAUUGGACGCGUACAUGGACGAAACAGUGAAUGGCUAUACGCGCCGAUACUGUCAGGAUAUUGAUUCCACCGAGGCACUCUGUGACGGCUGUGACGCCGAUUGGCUCGCGCAGGAGUCGGUUUGCAUGUCCCCGGACAGAUAUUCCCCGGACACCCGCAUGGACGAUCUCGCCAGCACGACAAGCCCACCACGCGAGAUUAGCGCUACGGGCAGUCCCCAUUCCCAUGGUAGUGGCGAAUUAUUUCCAUUAUCGCAUAUUAUACCACAGAGCACGCAGAAUAUCGCGCCAAAUCCCACACGCCGGUCCCAAUCCCAUGACAAUACAGAAUCAUUUGAAACUCAAGUAAUAUCGCAUGUUAUACCACAGAGCACGCAAAAUAUCGCCCCCAAUCCCACGCCCACGGUUAGUAUCGCCGAACGCCAGCGCCAACGGGUGCAAGACCAGCGCCAUGCAGCGCCCCGUAUUCAACACCAGGUGCAAGAUGCACGGCAGUGGUUGGACGAGGAAACUAUUGAAAACGAGAUAGCACCAUGGCAGAAAAAGUGCUAUAUUUGCACCAUUGCAGGACGGGAACGGAACGAACACGAGUUAUACUUUUGUCGUGGGCCCAAAAGCGACAAAGCCAAGGCAUGGGUUAAUCUAGUUCGCCAGUAUAAGAUUCCAUUCGCUAGAUAUACCGCUUGUUACCGCUGUUAUAUGCCGCAGACGAUCUGUCGACGAUGGGAGGUACUAGAUGGCCAUCCAACACAAACCGAGUGUGUAUAUAAGGAUAUAUUGGUCCCCAUGACAGCUGUAAUACUGUACGGCCCGUGGGAGGAGCAGAUCCAGCCACUAUGGCAGCGCCGGUUGCAGCAGCACGGGGUGGACGCAAACAACACCAUGCAAGUGUUGCAGUUUUUGGGCAGGCCACGGAGGGAGCCAAAGGCCAGCACAGCCAGUUAUUCGCAUUAUUUUGCUGGCUAUGGCAGAUCUGCAAAGAAUUGGAGGGAUCCACGGGACUAA